CGCGAGCAUACGAACUGAACGUAGAGCUGAACGUACAAAUCCUGCUCCUCGCGGAAGUCCUGUAGACUCCACGAGUCACGCACGCUCACUCUCGUCUGUGCUCAGCAGCCACAUUGCCUUUCCUGCAGCCAAGGAGACAAGCACAUUUAACAUUCCUGCAACACAUCGAGCAUCAUGGCCUCAGUAAUGGAGAAGUUGAUCACCCCUCUGGCCAGCGGCCCUGCUGAGCCCCCAAGGAACAAAGUGACCGUUGUUGGUGUAGGUCAGGUCGGCAUGGCAUGUGCUAUCAGCAUCUUGCUCAGGGAACUGACAGAUGAACUGGCUUUGGUGGAUGUCGUGGAGGACAGACUGAAAGGGGAGAUGCUGGAUCUGCAACAUGGCAGCCUUUUCCUUAAGACACCAAAGAUAGUUGCCGACAAGGACUAUUCCGUGACUGCCAACUCCCGUAUCGUUGUGGUGACUGCCGGAGUGCGUCAACAGGAGGGUGAGAGCAGACUGGACCUGGUGCAGAGGAACGUCAACAUUUUUAAACACAUCAUCCCACAGAUUGUCAAAUACAGCCCUGACUGCACUCUCGUUGUGGUGUCCAAUCCAGUGGAUGUUCUGACCUAUGUGACCUGGAAGCUAAGCGGCCUGCCAAAGCACCGUGUCAUUGGCAGUGGAACCAACCUGGACUCUGCCCGCUUCCGCCACAUCAUGGCUGAGAAACUGGGCAUUCACUCCAGCAGCUUCAAUGGAUACAUCCUGGGAGAGCAUGGAGACUCAAGCGUGCCUGUAUGGAGUGGAGCAAAUGUGGCUGGAGUCAGCCUGCAGAAACUCAACCCUGAUAUUGGAACAGAUAAAGACACCGAGAACUGGAAGGAUGCUCACAAGAUGGUUGUGGACAGUGCUUAUGAGGUAAUCAAGCUGAAGGGAUACACCAACUGGGCCAUCGGUCUUAGUGUGGCUGACCUGACCGAGAGCCUGGUGAAGAACCUGAGCAGGGUACACCCCGUUUCCACCAUGGUUAAGGGCAUGUUUGGUAUCAGUGAGGAGGUGUACCUGAGCCUGCCCUGUGUUCUCAACAGCAACGGAGUGGGAAGUGUCAUCAAUAUGACCCUGACUGAUGAAGAAAUCACUCAGCUCAAGAAGAGCGCAGAUACUCUGUGGGGCAUCCAAAAAGACCUGAAGGACCUGUAGAACAUUCGCAGAUGGCACAACAUGCACUCCGGUCCACAACUCUUUAACACACUCCCUCAGAAUCUUAACACACACUCUUGUCCUCUUCUCACUUGCUUUGGGGUAUGGUUGCUAAAGUAUUUUUUUCCAUGGUGGUCUAUCUAGGCAUAAUCCAAAAAUGAGGAAUGUCUCUUCUGAUAAUGAUUAUCUGUUAUCAAAGGAGAAUUUGUUCAGUUCUUCACAACUGCACUAGUUAACUUUGGUCACUUGGUCAAUGAAGGAUCCAACACAUCUUGGCACAAUUUAGUGAGAUCAUUAGUGAGAGUGCUCAUGUGUUUUUCUCUAAAUCAAGAGGAGAGAGGAUCGAAAUAAGAGACACAAAUGAAUUCUGUCUUCUGAAUCAUUUUGUCAGUGUCAGUCAAAUUAAUGAGCCUGUAGAAGAUGACAUAACUGAAGUUCAUAAAUUAAUAAACUUGUUGAAACCUGACCAAA